CGUUUUCGUUGCGAAAAUUCGUUGAGAAAAAUGGCUUCAACAAUGAAGAGGCCUCAUGGAGGCUAUGAAGGAGGUGCCGUCGUUCCUGCGGCGAAGAAAAGCAGAGAGGUAGCUUUCUUGACGAAUGUUAGGAAGGAUGUCGUACAAGCCGGCCCGGCUCGAUCGUCGUCGCUGCUGGCGCCCACCAUGCUGCUGACUGGCCAUGAAGCAGAUAUAUUUUCUGCGAAAUUUCACCCAAAUGGUGAUUUGUUGGUCUCUGGAGGCUUUGAUCGUCAGAUCUACUUCUGGAAUGUCUAUGGCGAGUGUGAGAACUUUGCCGUGCUCCGGGGCCACCAGGGUCCGGUUAUGGAGCUUCAGUUUAGUACUGAUGGCGAUUUGCUGUUGUCCGCUUCGACUGAUAAAACCGGUGCAGUAUGGGAUGUGGAGACAGGCAUCAGGCGCAGACGUUUGCGAGGCCAUACCUCGUUUGUCAACUCGUGCGCCACAAACCGGCGUGGCCCGCAGCAGUACGUGACGGGUUCGGACGACGGUAUGAUAAACGUGUGGGAUGCCCGGCAACGCAGACCAGCCCUAUCGUUGAAUAACACCUACCAGGUGAUGGCUGUAAGCUUCAACGAUACCAGCGACCAGGUGAUCUCCGGUGGCCUGGACAAUGACGUCAAGGUAUGGGAUAUCCGUACCGGUGACAUCAUGACACGGCUGAAGGGCCACGGCGAUACGGUAACGGCGCUGAGCCUGAGCCCGGACGGCACUCACAUACUAUCGAACGGUAUGGACAACACAGUGCGACUCUGGGACGUGCGGCCGUUUGUCCAGGGCCAGCGCCAGAUCAAGAUCUUCAUGGGCGCGCAGCACAGCUUCGAGAAGAACCUGCUCCGCUGCUCGUGGUCGCCGGACGGAAAGCGUAUCGCGGCUGGGUCGGCGGACCGCAGCGUGUACGUGUGGGAGACAACGUCUAGGCGAGUCCUGUACAAACUCCCUGGCCAUGAUGGCUCGGUGAACGAUGUACAGUUCCAUCCGAAGGAGCCCGUUAUCUGCUCGUGCAGUAGCGACAAGAAGAUCUUCCUGGGCGAGCUGCACUGAUUGAGUUGCUUUGCUGUAGAUACUGGACACAGUGGAACUUGAUUUGUAUCCAUAGCAACCCACGGUUCACUGUUGCUAGGGAGCCUAGGGAGUGCAGACUGUGGUAGAGGUUGUUUAUGGCGGAGUGUUGCGUCGUGCGUGCAAAACUGGCCACCCUGUUGACGUGCCCACGGUAGCCUUGUUUGCACCCGGUUGCUGUGCGGCAACCUAACGUACCAUUGUGGCUGCGGUGCCAUCUGCUGGCAGGGAACAUCCCUCACAGAACACCCGCUGUGGCCAAGUGCCUAUCUCUCUCUCUCUCUCUCUCUCUCUCUCUCUCUCUCUCUCUCUCUCUCUCUCUCUCUCUCUCUCUCUUACUCUCUCUCUCUUACUCUCUCUCUCUCUCUCUUACUCUCUUGUCUUGUAAAUAUGCUCCGGCAGCAUUUUCGCCCGGCUGUACAUAGUGCGCUACGUGACCAUAUCUGAAAAUAACCUUGAUGCCCCCAGUUUGUGAUUGUUUGUACAGCUCACGUCUUGUCAUACUGCAUGCUCUAGUGGCUGUUUCUGCUCCAACAUACCUCCGCGCCAUGAAAUAUACGUGUAGCUUUGCCUGCGUCAUAUAAUCUUUUAAAUUAACGUUCGAAAUUUUCUGCCGCACUGUCCUUGUCCUAUUCGGCCACAAAAUACAAUUGAAGCUAUAUGUCAUGCCUGUGCUGUUGCUUUUCAUUAUGUAUAUUCUUGAUAUGACUGCUUGUUUGAAUCAAGUAUUUUUUGAGUUGGGUCUGUAUAAGUUUUUUAUGUUGAAAACUGAUAAUGGCUGUGAGGCUCUUUCGUAA